AUGUCCGUUCCUAGCACUGGAUUGAGCAAAUUGAAGAAGAAACAUAUUCGUGUAAAACAUCAAAAAGUGAAACUGUUUCGUGCAAAUGAACCAUUACUAUCUGUGUUUAUGUGGGGUGUGAAUCACACGAUUAACGAGCUAAGUCAUGUCACAAUUCCAGUCAUGCUGCUUCCUGAUGACUUCAGAGCUUAUUCUAAGCUCAAAGUUGACAACCAUUUAUUUAACAAAGAAAACAUGCCAUCUCACUUCAAGGUCAAGGAGUACUGCCCCCUGGUGUUCAGGAACCUUCGGGAGAGGUUCGGAAUCGAUGAUCUCGACUACAAGGAGUCUCUCACAAGGUUUAGAAAGCCAGAUAACUACCUGUGUUCGAGGCCCCAGAAGAGGCCUACCAGCUUGCUGCGGCGAUCGGCGACGGCGCCUAACGGGGUUGCCAACAUGAAAAAUGAAACGCACCAAGAGAGCAUAUUCCACGAUGCAAGCGAGUUCGUCAAACGGGGGCUGACGAUAAAACGCCUGAGAUCCCAGCCAAUCCCGGAUGACUCGUCAGGCAAGUCUGGAGCCAAGUUCUAUCAGAGCUACGAUAGGCUUUUCAUUCUCAAGACCCUGACUUCUGAGGAGGUGGAGAGGAUGCACUCGUUCCUAAAACAUUAUCAUCCUUACAUCGUGGAGCGCCACGGCAAGACCCUGCUGCCUCAGUACCUGGGCAUGUAUCGGCUGACUGUCGACGGCAUUGAACACUACCUCGUCGCCACUAGAAAUGUAUUCUCCAACCACCUCAAUAUCCACAGGAAAUACGACUUAAAAGGAUCCACGGUAGACCGCGAGGCGUCUGAGAAGGAACUGGAGAAGGACCUGCCGACGCUCAAAGACAACGACUUCAUCAAGCAAGGAGUCCGCAUUGAUAUCGGCGAUGCUGCCAAAGAGAAGUUACUGGAGACACUUACUGCUGACGUAGAGUUCCUAACGAAGCUCCACCUGAUGGACUACUCGCUGCUGCUGGGCAUGCACGAGUGCGGGCGCGGGGAGGCGGAGGCCGAGGCGGCGCGGCAGAGGGAUGCCGAGAACGACUCCGACAACCAGGACUCGGACACUGACAGCGACACUGAUAACAGGCAUCAUGGAGACAGAUGGGGCUAUAACACUCCCCCGGACAGUCCGCGUGGGUUCGCGCGUCAGUCCUCGCUGCGGUACGAGGGGAUCAUACCAGAGCUCGACAUAUACGCCAUACCCAGCCAAGAGAGUGCCCCAAAAAAAGAGAUAUACUUCGUCGCUUUGAUUGACGUGCUGACGCAUUAUGGCGUUAAGAAACAGGCGGCGAAAGCAGCGAAGACUGUAAAAUACGGCAGCAACGUGGACGGUAUCUCGACCUGCGACCCCGAGCAAUAUGGGAAACGGUUCAUAGAGUUUGUAGCCAAGGCCAUCGAGGGCAACUAG